AUGUUUCGCGUCGAACUCAUAUCGGACACAUCAACAGCCACACCAGGCUGGUCCUACGCCCCAACCCGGGGUUUCGACCCCACCCAAGCGAUGGCCCCAACUCUAGGCCGCAAACGCGGCAUCCGCGACGCCGGCAAAGGCGGCGAUAUUUCCUCGCGACAAGCGAACGCAAUCGCCCGCCACAUCGCCGAACUAGACCGCGAGAACCAGCGCGAUGUGUCCAUCCCAGCACCCGUGAAACAAGCCCGCGAAGCCGGCGCACGCGGCACACGAGCAAAAACCACCUCGAACGUCCGCCGCAUCCUCCAAUCCCAAAAGACCUUCCGGAACCACCUAGACGACGAAGAAGCAGCCAUAUCCUCAGGUAGCGGAGGCGUAGCAGGCAUGCAAGGUGCGGGAGGCGCCAUAAUCGCGGCUAAGGGAGGCAAGGCGGCUCGCAGCUUGACACCGGCUAGUACAGCUGGUAUCAAACGUCCGGCGGGUACUAUGACCGGUGCAUCGACGCCGCAGGAGACGGACGCGGAAACUGACGAUGAGCCGCGCAAGCCGAAACUUAUCAAGUCUGAAUAUGAUAAUGAUCCCCUGCUGCGCUCGUAUGCGCCCCCUGUGCCUUCUGAUCGGCUUAUGCAGCGGCUGCUGGCGGAGGCGCCGCUUUCUUAUAAUGCGUCGCGUGCGAAGCCGCCGACGUCGGGGCGGCCGGGACGGCAAUUUUGUUGUAUGUGUGGGUAUUGGGGGAAGAUUCGAUGCAAGAGUUGUCAUUUGAGGACUUGUGGAUUGGAUUGCUAUAAGGUUCAUGAGGAUUCAAGGUGUGGUGCUUUCUUUUAG